AUGAAGUUUCAAGAACUGAAAUUUUUGCAUGUGAUGAAAACAACAGGCUGCAACAACUCCUCCCAGAAUGUGGAGCUCAUGCUGCAGGAGACCAGCACCCACCCUGAUGGCGGGAGCCUUGUGGUGCUUGCGACUGUGGAUGUGGAUGCCAUCCAAGUGACAAUGAGUGGCAAGGACCCUUCUUACAUCCUCCUUCUCCCCUGGGCUUUGCCAUCUUCCCAGCCACCAACCCUUCGCCAGCAGCAACCAGCACAAGCUCCAGCAAUGGCGAAAGCAGCCCAGGUGCUAGCUAGCGCGGUGCCCUCAGCUAAGCUGAAUCUCUCCAGCGUCACUGCAAUCAACAGCCAUGUCUGCAACGCCAUCCACCAGAUUACAACCGCACUCAAAGGCCAAGGCGCUGGGGUGAGCGGGUUUGAACUGGUGGCUGCUGCUGGCUCCGACUAG